CUCAAAAUAACAGUUAUAUGGUUAAACUUUGGGUACUUACCUUGUUAUGCUUAUGUUGUCCAAGUAUUGUGUUCAUAAUUUGUAGGAAUCAGCAUAAUCAGCAUGAUUGUAAAAGCUUCUGAUCAUUUCUUUUUCUUUUUCUUUUUGUAUUUGUUUUCCAUUCCUUCUCUGUCAUCAGGAGCUAAUAAUAAUUUAGCUGUGAAUCAAGUUCUGUCUGGAUUCCAGACCCUUAUCUCUGAUGCUGGAAAUUUCGAAAUGGGUUUCUUUAAACCAGGUCAGUCUCCCAAUUUUUACAUAGGAAUUUGGUACAAGAACGUCAGAACAACUCCUGAAACUGUAGUCUGGGUAGCAAAUAGAGAGACACCCAUCUCCGAUGCAUUGUCUUCUAAAUUGCAAAUUGUAAAUGGUAACUUAGUGCUCUUAAAUGAGUCAAACACCCAAAUUUGGUCUACAAAUAUAAUCCCAACACCUACACCCACAACUUCUGCAUCAGUAGUUCUUCUUGAUGAUGGUAAUUUAGUUUUGAGAUAUAAUUCGAGUUCAAGUUCAAUCACACCAAUUUGGCAAAGUUUUGAUCAUCCAACCAAUACUUUCAUGCCUGGUGGCAAGUUUGGAUACAACAAGCGAACAAACACAAAGCAGAUUAUCACUUCAUGGAAAAGUACAGAAGAUCCUUCAAUGGGUCCCUUUUCUUUAGAGGUUCACCAAGAUGAGAAACAGUAUGUGAUUAAAUGGAAUAGAAGUGUAGAGUAUUGGACUAGUGGAUCUUGGAAUGGUAGAAUCUUUAGCGCUGUACCCGAAAUGAGUUUGAAUUAUAUCUAUAACUUCAGCUACGUUGACAAUGAAAACGAGAGUUAUUUUACAUAUUCUUUAUAUAAUCCAUCAAUUAUUUCAAGAUUCGUCAUGGACGUCUCAGGACAGAUUCAACAGCUGUCAUACCUUGGAGUUACAGCACAGUGGAAUUUGUUUUGGUCUCAACCUAGAAUGCAGUGUGAGGUCUAUGCUUUGUGUGGGGCUUUUGGUAGUUGCAGGCAGAACGAAUUUCCAUUCUGUAAUUGCUUGAGUGGCUUCAAGCCAAGAUCAGAGAGAGAUUGGAAUCAGAGUGAUUUCUCUGGUGGGUGUGUGAGAAAAAUAGAACUUAAUUGUAGUGUUAAGGAUGAAAAACCUGGCUUCAUUGUAGGUUAUCUCCCAGUUAAAUCGGUUUCCAAAUUUCUGGAAACAGGAACUCCAAAGGAUGAAGCGGCAUGCCAAAGAUCUUGCUUGGAUGACUGCAGUUGUGACGCAUAUGGGGUUAUCGACAAUAAAUGUCUACUUUUGAACACUGAGAAUUUGAAUAAUAUAUCAAGUUUCUUUCUUUCGGUAGAUCCUAAUAAUCUGACAUUUCCAUUAAAAAUCAAAGUUUCUGCCUCCGAUCUUGCUAACAAUACUGCAAAAAUCAAUACCAAAUUCCUAGUAGCAGGAAUCGUUUCAGGGUUUUGUGGUCUUGUGUUUCUUUGUAGCAUUGGUAUUAUAUUCUACAGAAGGGUGAAAAGAAAAGGAAGCAGAGAAGAGAACCGAGAAAAUUUUGAACUUGAGUUUCAAGACAAUGGAAGAAAUGUUAGAUACUUGGUAGAUCCAGGGAUAUUGAGUGCAGAAGAAAGAAAAGGAAUCGAUGUACCUUUCAUUGAAUUCAAAACCAUAUUAUCUGCUACGGACAAUUUUUCGCUAGCAAAUAAACUUGGUCAAGGGGGAUUUGGACCUGUUUACAAGGGAAUUCUCCCUGGAUUAGGUGAAGUGGCGGUGAAAAGAUUGGCAAGCCAAUCUGGACAAGGGCUCAAGGAAUUCAAAAAUGAAGUUGUGUUAAUUGGGAAACUUCAACAUCGUAAUCUUGUUAGGCUCUUAGGUUACAGCAUGAAGGAUCAUGAAAUGAUACUACUAUAUGAAUACAUGCAUAAUAAAAGCUUGGACCGUUUCAUCUUCGUUAAGACCCUUUCUGUGUGUCUUGAUUGGGAUUUACGGUUUGAUAUCAUCAUGGGGAUUGCUCGAGGACUUUUGUAUCUUCACCAAGAUUCACGAUUGAGGAUUAUUCAUAGAGAUUUGAAAGCAAGUAAUGUGUUAUUAGAUGAAGAUAUGAAUCCCAAGAUUUCAGACUUUGGUUUGGCAAAGAUAGUUAAAGGCCGAGAAACUGAAGAUAAUACCACCAGAGUUGUUGGAACCUACGGCUAUAUGUCUCCCGAAUACGCGCUGGACGGAUUGUUUUCGAUAAAAUCCGAUGUUUUUAGUUUUGGAGUAGUUAUAUUGGAGAUUAUUAGUGGGAAAAGAAACACGGGUUAUUAUCAUAAUCAACAAGCCUUUAGCCUUAUAUCCUAUACGUGGGAAUUGUGGAAAGCGAAAAGGGCAUUGGAAUUAGUGGAUUUGGCAUUAGCGGAAUCAUGCAAUUCGAUUGAAGUGUUGAGAUGUAUGAUUGUUGGGCUAUUGUGCAUACAAGAAGACCCUCGAGAUCGGCCAACAAUGGUGAAUGUAGUUUUAAUGUUGGGGAUGGAUAUUGAGAGCCUCCCGGAACCUAAAGAACCGGCUUUUGUGUCGAAAAGAAGUAUUGAGAGGCUGCCAUCGUCUUCGAGUAAAUCGGAGAUUAAUCAAAUGACUAUUACUCAAGAAGAAGGCCGAUAGAAAAGUGGAAUGUUGUUCAUUUUUUGUUUUAUAUGACAAAAAAAUAAACUAAAUUCAAAUUCAAACUACAAAAAAUCUAAUGAAACUUUCAGAAGAAAAUUAUCGGUGACCGGCUGGGGCGGAUACAUGUAGAGAUGAGUGGGGGCACCUGCUCCCAUGGAUGGGAAAUUUCUACACAUGAUGAAUUGAGAUUUAAUAUAAAAA